AUGGUGAUGUUUAUGGCAUCAGUGCUAGUGAUACUGGUGUUUGAAGUCGCCUAUAACAGUCAUCCUGUGAAAUGCCCUACAAGUCUCCCUCUUGCUAUUCUUCACAAAGAUUACCAUCCUGGUGACUUUAUCAUUGGUGCUAUUCUCUCUCAGAUCUAUGUAUUUUCCCCUUCAGCAACCUUUGAAAGAAAUCCCUCUUCUGAUGUGUUUGACAAUGUCAUAAUAAUAACUCAGAGCUACCAGCAUAUUCUAGCCUUACAAUUUGCUAUAGAGACAAUUAAUAAAAGUCCAAGGAUUUUAUGCAAUGUCACACUGGGAUUCCAUGUGCUGAACAGCAAUUUCCAUCCCACCUGGACUUUCCGUGUCUCACUGGAACUUCUUUCCACACAGGGCAGGUUUAUCCCUAACUACAAGUGUGAUAUGCAGGCUAAUUUGGCAUCGGUGAUUGGAGGUCCUGAUGCUGAUGUGUGUCACUACAUGGCAAUCAUUUUGUACAAUUACAAGAUUCCGCAGUUGGCCUAUGGGUCCUCACCAGUGAUGAAUGACAUAUCCCAAAAAGUUUUCCUUCACCAAAUAUUUCCAGACAUCAACCAACAAUAUAAGGGGAUCCUCCAAAUACUGCUUUAUUUCCAGUGGAUAUGGAUUGGAGUGAUUUUCUUUACCAAUGUCAGUGGAGAAAAAUUUGUAGAAAAUCAGCUCCCCAUGUUUGUCCAGGCAGGUAUCUGCUUUAAUUUUAUAGAAACAUUUCCACUAGUAAAUUUUUCAACUGAAAUCACUAAAAUGGUUGCAGAAGGAGAAAAAACUACUAGGCUCAUUAUGGAAGCCACUACUAAUGUAGUUGUUGUACAUGGAGAAAUUCAAACAAUGGUGGUUUUAAGGGCAAUGCUUCAUAUCUCUGAAUUUGAAGAGAUCCCAAUGAAAACCAAAUUAUGGAUUUUCAUAGCCCAGAUGGAUUUCACAUCAAUGUCUUUUCAACGAAGCUGGCCAAUUGAAUUCCUGCAUGGUGCACUCUCUUUUGCAGUCCACAGUGAGGAAGUGCUGGGAUUCCAUGAGUUCCUUCAACACAGGAAGCUGACAUUGGAACAGGAAGAUGAUUUUUCUAGGGAUUUCUGGAAAGAGGCAUUUCAGUGUUCUUUCUCCACUGUUCCUGGAGAACCAAUGGUAGAAGAUAUCUGCACUGGAGAAGAGAACCUGGAUCAACUUCCUGGGUCAAUUUUUGAAAUGAGCAUGAGCAGCCACAGCUACAGCAUCUAUAAUGCUGUCCAUGUAGUGGCAGAAGCUUUACACAAUAGGCACUCCUCUGCAAUGAAAAAAGUAGCAAGACGAAAUGAGCAGAGACAACAGUUUCUCAAACAACAACCUUGGCAGCUUCACCAUUUCUUGAGAAGUGUUUCAUUUAACAACAGUGUUGGAGAAAUGCUUUCCUUUAGUUCCAAAGGGGAAUUAAUAGCAGGAUUUGAUAUUAUCAACUGGAUCACAUUUCCAAAUCAGUCCUUUGUUAGAGUCAAAGUUGGGAAAAUGGCACCACAGAAUGCCCCUGGUAAAGCAUUCACCAUUUCUGAAGAUGAGAUCCAAUGGGCUAAGGCAUUCAACCAGAAACCUCCCAUUUCUCUGUGUAAUUCCCAUUGCAAUUCUGGAUACAGUAGGAAAAGGAUUGAAGGGAAACCAUUUUGCUGCUACAAUUGCCAUCGAUGCCCAGAAGGAAAGAUUUCUUACCCAAAGGACUUGGAUGACUGUUUUCAGUGUCCAGAAGAUCAGUAUCCCAACAAAGACCAGAAUCUGUGCCUUCCAAAGAAUAUCAGCUUCCUUUCAUUCGAAGAACCUUUAGGAAUCGCACUCACUGUUCUUGCCCUUUUCUUUUCUUUUCUCACAGCUUUGGUGCUUCAACUCUUCAUUAAGCACCAGGAGACUCCCAUUGUCAAAGCGAACAAUCGGAACCUCAGCUAUAUUCUCCUCAUUUCCCUCUUAUUUUCUUUCAUUUGCACUUUGCUUUUUAUUGGACAGCCCACAAAGCUUAUGUGUCUCCUUCGACAAACAGCUUUUGGCAUUAUCUUCUCAAUAGCCAUUUCUUGUGUUUUGGCCAAGACUAUUGUUGUGGUCCUUGCCUUCAUGGCAACCACACCAGGAGGUGGAAUGAGAAAAUGGUCUGGCAAACACUUGGCCAACUCCAUUGUUCUUUCCUGCUCUUUUAGUCAAGCCUUGAUUUAUAGUGUGUGGUUGGUCACUGCUGCCCCUUUUCCUGAUGUUGACAUGCACUCCCUGAUAAAAGAAAUUAUUUUGAAGUGUAAUGAAGGAUCUGUUACCAUGUUUUAUAUUGUCCUGGGCUUUUUGGGCUUCCUGGCUACCAUCAGCUUCUCAGUGGCCUUCCUGGCUAGGAACUUGCCUGACUCUUUCAAUGAAGCCAAGUUUAUCACCUUCAGCAUGUUGGUCUUCUGCACAGUCUGGGUGUCCUUUGUUCCAACUUAUUUAAGCACAAAAGGCAAGUACAUGGUGGCCAUGGAGAUUUUUUCCAUCUUGGCCUCCAGUGCUGGUUUAUUGGUCUGCAUCUUUUCCCCCAAAGUGUAUAUUCUUCUGCUGAGACCUGAGCUGAACUGUAGGAAGCACUUAAGGAGAAAAUAA